AUUAGAACACUUCAUUAGACCAUAUAGUAAUGACUGACGCGACAGUCAGUAUUUGAGCUGGCCACACUGAUUUCUCACAGAAACAUUUUGCACGAACACAGUCUUUACAACGUUAUGUCCUCAAUGUGAGCAGUUUAUUUUUGGAUGCAAUGUUCAGACGUUCACAGAAGUAGCAACAGCAUAUCACAAUUCUCAUCCAAAUUGGAAAAUGUGGGCUACAUUAGUCCUAGUGCUAAUUGAGUAAAGAGUGAGCUAACGCAAACUGUCAUAUUUAGCCAAAUCUCGGCUGAUAGAAAACAUAAUAUGAAUUAGCUAAUAGCAAUUACUAUUUACAAUUCAUCACAUCAUGGUUGAGCUCACCAGUGAUUUAAAUAAUUGAGUAAAACACUUUAUAAAAGACUAAUGUAAUCCGACGGUGGGCAGAGUUUGUGCGCACCGCAAUGUUUGUUUUUCUGUGUCAACUAAAGAUAAGAAGAGGUGACAAGAUGAGUUGGGUCUAUUUGCAGUAUGCACAUUGAAGGCGAAGGGGGUGUGUCGUCUACCAUCAUUUACUUCCCAUCAUUCACUUCCGGAAUCUUUGGUCUGACAGACAUUUACAUGACACCAAGAAUGCAUUGAAUGAUGUCAACAAACAUUGCUCCACACAUAGCCGGCAAAUAGCUUAGCAUUAGCUCAUUAUAAUCAGUACAACCUUCAAAAAAGUAUUUUACACAAAUCAUAUAUGUCCAUUAAAAUAUAUGCAAGAAUCGGAAUGCAUAAUUUGUCACCAGUAAAACUUGAAAACAUGAAUAAAACAGCAAAUAAAGAAAUUAUUACCACACAAACCAUUUUCUGAUAGUGAUUUAUUGAUACAAGUGGCCCAUGCCGGUGUUAUGAUACUGAUGAUUUGUUGCCACAUAUGGUUUGUUUACGUUUCUACUGUUGUGGCUCGAUGGAGUAGCUAGGCCUACAACAGCUCAGUCUAGUGGUUGCGUCAGGGACAACAGUUGUUGUCAACUGUAACAUUGUAGCUAAUUCUAAGCCUAACCCUUUUCCUAACCUUAACCUCAUUCUCUUAACUUCCUAUGUUAAUUCACCUAACCUACUGAGUUAGUUCUCCUAACCUGCCAUGUUAAUUAUCCUAACCUGCUAUGGUAAACAAACCAUCUGUGAAGACAAAUCAUCAGUAUCAACACACCGGCAGCCAAUCACGUCUCCCCUGACACUCACUUGGAGCCAUUCAGUGUUGUUGUUUAUGUAUGUAGCUAGUGGGCUAAGCUGUAGCAUUAGCAAUGUCUUUCAAAAGGAGAGAACUCACAAAUGUGGAAAUUCUGGAGAUUUUUGUAAAUUCUGACAGUGACACUGAGGAGCUGCCCCCAGCUUUGUGGCCAUUGAGAACCCUGAAUCUGAGGACCCCUUUCCAACCGAUGAAGUCCCAGGUCCCUCUGAACAAGCUGGUGGUGAUGGAAGCAGACCAAUAGUGGGUGAAGUACAGGAGGUCUGUGGUAGCUGGAAGGCCGCCAGCCAUUUCACCCCUCCUGGCCCAGCUGUUGGCUUUGAUGAGUCCUAGUCUGGAGUGCAAAGUACCUUGCCAUCUCCCUCUGAACCAGUGCUUCAAGCUGUUUCUGACAGAGGAGCUGGUCGGAGAUAUAGUGGAGCUACAGGAGAAGAGAGCCACAGGGAAGGUGGACCUCAUUACGGGAGAGAGAAAGAUCAAACCAGACUGUGUGCUUGACUAUAAUCGCACAAUGGGGGCAGUGGAUAAGAUGAACAGCUUUGUGGCAUGCGCUAGGAAAACCACCAAUUGGUAUAAGAAUAUAUUUUUUUCCAUCUGAUCGGUACUGCUGUCCUCAAUGGCUAACAAGCAAAAUGAUUACUGAACAAGGUUUUUUGUAAUUGGAUAUACAGUUCACAUAAAAAUCAAAUACAGUUCCAUUAUGCAAUUAUAUGGACAAUAUCUCACCCACCUCCCCACUCCCACAUCAUAAUCCUCCCUACUCCCUCUCCAAACAGUAUGUUGCUAGCAUACAAAAGCUGUCCUCAAUCUUCGGCAAGAAAGAUGUUCAGUUCAAGAUGAUGUUGGCACGUUAUUUACAUUUACGGCAUUUAGCAGACGCUCUUAUCCAGAGCGACUUACAGUUAGUGCAUACAUGAUUCUUUUUAUUUUAUUUACCACAUGGGAAUCGAACCCAUGGGGUGGAGCACAAUUGGCCCAGCGUCGUCUAGGGUAGGGGAGAGAAUGGCCGGCAGGGGAUGUAGCUCAGUUGGUAGAGCAUGGUGUUUGCAAUGCCAGGGUUGUGGGUUCGUUUCCCACGGGGGGGUAUGAAAAAAAAUUACAAUAAUGUAUGCAAUCACUGGAUAAGAGCGUCUGCUAAAUGACUAAAAUGUAAAUGUAAUAAGGCAUUUACUUUGAUAGGAAUGCACACAGUAAUUAUUAGUAAGGAAAACAACAAUGAAGGCAAAGCGGGCGCCAGAUGGAAAAUGUGCCAGGGGGAAAAGGUUUGGGCAGGUUCUGUUCUGACUGGAGAUACGCAAAUGUAUGCAUACUUGACCUGAGAAAACUCUAGGGGAGUGCUUGGGCUCUCAUGGAAGAGAAAGGUUUGUCUGGCUCAUCUAGCUAAUCCUUCCCUUCAUUAGCAUAACAUGCCUCAAAUGUAAAUUGUCUGCAACAGUGAAAUGGGCUACUUCUAUGUCAAUUAAUAAGGAGGCGGAACGCACCUCAUUUCAAACUGUUCGAAAAUCAUUUACAAUUUGAAACUUGAUAAUUAGCAGGCAGCGUGCCUUGUUUUGAGGGCAGCAUGGGUUAACUGUCCUGUUGCAUAACAAUCACAUUUUGGAACAGUGAGCGAAUUCUGACAUCACGUGCAUAAGAAAACUCAAGCUGGGGGGACCGAGAUAUUUGGAACUCAUGUGUGAAAAGGUUAAACAGGUUAACAUUCACAAGGCCACGGGGCCAGACGGAUUACCAGGACGCAUACUCAGAGCAUCCGCUGACCAGCUGGCAAGUGUCUUCACUGACAUUUUCAACCUCUCCCUGACCCAGUCUGUAAUACCUACAGUACAUGUUUCAAGCAGAUCCUGUGCCCAAGAACUCCAAGGUAACCUUUCUAAAUGACUAUCGCCCCGUAGCACUCACAUCUGUACCAAAAGGGUUAUUUGGCUGUCCCAAUAGGAGAACCCUUUUUGGUUCCAGGUAGAACCCUUUUGGGUUCCAUGUAGAACCUCCUGUUGAAAAGGUUUUACAUGGAACCCAAAAGGGUUCUACCUGGAACCAAAAAGGUUUCUUCAAAGGGUUCUCCUAUGGGGACAGCCGAUGAACCCUUUUAGGAACCCUUUUAGGUGUGUAGCCAUGAAAUGCUUUGAAAGGCUGGUCAUGGUUUACAUCGACACCAUCAUUCCAGACACCCUGGACCCACUCCAAUUCGCAUACCACCCCAACAGAUCCACAGAUGACACAAUCUCAAUUGCAUGCCACACUGUUCUCUCCCACCUGGACAAGAAGAACACCUACAGUGGGGAGAACAAGUAUUUGAUACACUGCCGAUUUUGCAGGUUUUCCUACUUACAAAGCAUGUAGAGGUCUGUAAUGUUUAUCAUAGGUACACUUCAACUGUGAGAGACGGAAUCAAAAAAAAAUCCAAAUCCAAAAUCCAGAAAAUCACAUUGUAUGAUUUUUAAGUAAUUAAUUUGCAUUUUAUUGCAUGACAUAAGUAUUUGAUCACCUACCAACCAGUAAGAAUUCCGGCUCUCACAGACCUGUUAGUUUUUCUUUAAGAAGCCCUCCUGUUCUCCACUCAUGACCUGUAUUAACUGCACCUGUUUGAACUCGUUACCUGUAUAAAAGACACCUGUCCACACACUCAAUCAAACAGACUCCAACCUCUCCACAAUGGCCAAGACCAGAGAGCUGUGUAAGGACAUCAGGGAUAAAAUUGUAGACCUGCACAAGGCUGGGAUGGGCUACAGGAUAAUAGGCAAGCAGCUUGGUGAGAAGGCAACAACUGUUGGCGCAAUUAUUAGAAAAUGGAAGAAGUUCAAGAUGACGGUCAAUCACCCUCGGUCUGGGGCUCCAUGCAAGAUCUCACCUCGUGGGGCAUCAAUGAUCAUGAGGAAGGUGAGGGAUCAGCCCAGAACUACACGGCAGGACCUGGUCAAUGACCUGAAGAGAGCUGGGACCACAGUCUCAAAGAAAACCAUUAGUAACACACUACGCCGUCAUGGAUUAAAAUCCUGCAGCGCACGCAAGGUCCCCCUGCUCAAGCCAGCGCAUGUCCAGGCCCGUCUGAAGUUUGCCAAUGACCAUCUGGAUGAUCCAGAGGAGGAAUGGGAGAAGGUCAUGUGGUCUGAUGAGACAAAAAUAUAGCUUUUUGGUCUAAACUCCAUUCGCCGUGUUUGGAGGAAGAAGAAGGAUGAGUACAACCCCAAGAACACCAUCCCAACCGUGAAGCAUGGAGGUGGAAACAUCAUUCUUUGGGGAUGCUUUUCUGCAAAGGGGACAGGACGACUGCACCGUAUUGAGGGGAGGAUGGAUGGGGCCAUGUAUCGCGAGAUCUUGGCCAACAACCUCCUUCCCUCAGUAAGAGCAUUGAAGAUGGGUCGUGGCUGGGUCUUCCAGCAUGACAACGACCCGAAACACACAGCCAGGGCAACUAAGGAGUGGCUCCGUAAGAAGCAUCUCAAGGUCCUGGAGUGGCCUAGCCAGUCUCCAGAUCUGAACCCAAUAGAAAAUCUUUGGAGGGAGCUGAAAGUCCGUUUUGCCCAGCGACAGCCCCAAAACCUGAAGGAUCUGGAGAAGGUCUGUAUGGAGGAGUGGGCCAAAAUCCCUGCUGCAGUGUGUGCAAACCUGGUCAAGACCUACAGGAAACGUAUGAUCUCUGUAAUUGCAAACAAAGGUUUCUGUACCAAAUAUUAAGUUCUGCUUUUCUGAUGUAUCAAAUACUUAUGUCAUGCAAUAAAAUGCAAAUGAAUUACUUAAAAAUCAACAAUGUGAUUUUCUGGAUUUUUUGUUUUAGAUUCUGUCUCUCACAGUUGAAGUGUACCUAUGAUAAAAAAUUACAGACCUCUACAUGCUUUGUAAGUAGGAAAACCUGCUAAAUCAGCAGUGUAUCAAAUACUUGUUCUCCCCACUGUAUGUGAGAAUGCUGUUCAUUGACUACAGCUCAGCGUUCAACACCAUAGUGCCCUCCAAGCUCAUCACUAAGCUCAGCAGUGCGUGUAUACAUGGAUGCCAUGGGAAGCCAGGUUUCCCCAAAAACAAUUACCAAGAAAAAAACAUACAAAGUCAUUUAUCUUUCGUCUUUCUGUGUUUCAUGAAUUUCCUUCAAUUCGCAAGAGGUUGAAUGUAUCUCACCGGAGAAAGCAUCCAAGUGAACUGAUUUGGUCCUGUGGUUUUACUUAAUUCUCCGUACUGGCCGAUGAUUAUAACGGCGAUUCUGAUCCAUGCAUGAAUGUAUACAUUGUGCCCCUGGCCUGAGAGGAUGGAAGUUCAACAUGUCGCUAGAUGUAGUAAUGUUAGGCUAAUGUUAACUAGCUAGCCAGGCGCAUUGUUGCCCAUGAAAGGAAGUUGGGGGAGCAAGCAUUUUAGCCAGGUAGCCUAGGACAACAAAAACGAAAAGUCAUAGACCGUUUAGGCAACAUGAAAGAGGAGGAUGGUUUUGGCGUUUCUCUACAAGUAGGGUGAGUCACCAUGUUUUUUCUACUUGCACGCACGCACACACACACACAUAAAUCAGUACAAUGGACAGCCACAUAAUAUUUAGCUUACGUUGAUUGGACUAAAUCAUUUUUGGUAUCUUUUAGGUGUCACUGUAUUAGACUAAGCAUAAGUUAUUAGAUGUUGAAAUGGUGUGAGAAUAGUGAAGGCAGUGCCUGUUUUCUUUGCGACUUGCGGUAACUCUCUGUGGUUCCAAAUCAAUAGUUGUUUAGUAGUCCUAAAAUGUCAGAAACAUGAACUUGCUUGACCAUGCUGUAGGUCAUGUAACUGUUUGUUACAUGCAAUAUGUUUAGUGGACUUCAUCGGACAGAUGUUGCUCUCCGGUUUUGUGAUGAAACAAAGGUGUGGUUGAAUUUAUUCUGCCACUGUGUCUUCUUAUUUUCUCGGCCUUAGGCCUAUAUAUCACAGUGUCAAGGCAUAUGAACUAACAGGUUAUAGAGCAAACAACGCAAUUGGUUGUAAUAGCAUUUUUUUCAUAGCUUGGCUUCCCCGUUGAUUUUACCCACACACCGCUACUGAAGCUCAGGACCCUGGGACUGAACACCUCCCUCUGCAAUUGGAUUCUGGACUUCCUGACAGGCCACCCCCGUGUGGUGAGGGUAGGCAACAACACAUCCGCCACAUCUUCAAUACAGGGGCCCCAGGGGUGCGUGUUUUGUCCCCUACUGUACUCCCUGUUGUACUCCCUGUUCACCCACGAUUGCGUCUCCACCUACAACUCCAAAACCAUUAAAAGUUUUGCUGACAACACAACGAUGGUAGGCCUGAUCACCGAUGACGAUGAGACAGCCUAUAGGGAGGUCAGUGACCUGGCAGUGUGGUGCCAGGACAACAACCUCUCCUUCAACGUCAGCAAGACAAAUAAGCUGAUCGUGGACUACAGGUAACGGAGCGCCAAGCAUGCCUCCAUCCACAUCGACGGGGCUGUACUGGAGCGGGUCGAGAGCUUCAAGCUCCUCGGUGUCCACAUCACUAAAUAAUUAACAUGGUCCACACACACCAACACAGUUGUGAAGAAAGCACAACAUGGCCUCUUCCCACUCAGAAGGCUGAAAAUUUGGCAUGGGCCCUCAGAUCCUCAAAAAGUUCUACAGCUGUACCAUUGAGAGCAUCUUCACUUGCUGCAUCACUGCUUUGUAUUGCAACUGCUUGGCAUCCAACCACAAGGCGCUACAGAGGGUAGUGCAUAUGGCCCAGUACAUUACUGGUGCCGAGCACCCUGCCAUCCUGGACUUCUAUACCAGGUGGUGUCAGAGGAAGGCCCUAAAAAAAAAUCUAGUUUUUUCUCUCUGCAGUGUUGGGAAGGGCCCGUAAGUAAGCAUUUCACUGUUACUGUACACCUGUUGUUUACGAAGCAUGUGACAAAUAAAAUGUGAUUUGAUCCCCGUGUUCCAGAGUUUAACCCAUGUCUCAUUGUUCUGAUGUCCCAUAACUCCUAAUUCACCCCCCUUCAACACACACACACACACACACACAAACAUGUCACUCAUUCCUAUCUACAUUAUUCACACACACUCCUAACCCACAUCUAACCCCGACGACCUGUCUCCCACGACCUGUCUCCCACCACUAAACCUUCACUCACCCCCAGGUAGAUAUGACCUGGUUCUAAUAUACAUCUGCAACCUGUGUGUGUGUGUUUUCGUGUGUUUUCAUGUGUGUGUGUGUGUGUGUGUGUGUGUGUGUGUGUGUGUAGGUGGAUGUAUCAUGGUUCUAUAGGAACUGCUUGACAGACACGUGUAACUGUAACCGGGGCGGAGACUGUGAGUGUCUGUGUACGUCCAUUGCUGCCUAUGCACACACCUGCUGUCAACACGGUGUUACUGUGGUCUGGAGAAACCCCUCUGUCUGCCGUGAGUACACACACACAUACUGUACAUACACACACAAUGUGUGUCUGUUCCUCUGACCAACUUCCUCUCUGUCAGCAUAGGUGCUGGGUCACUCAAUGCUCCUACACGCCCGCAUGCACACACACACACACACACACACACACACAUGCCAGUACACAGAACAAUAGAGUCCCCCCUCUGACCCAAAUCCCCUGUACCAUUAUUUCUUACUGUCAUCAAAUGACCACAGAUACACACACACACACACACGCACACACACACACACACACACACACACACACACACACACACACACACACACACACACACACACACACACACACACACACAUUGACACUCGCAAUACCAUGGUCUCUCUCUCCCUACACAGUAUGUGUUGGCUAUGAAUGUCUACAGUACUAUCACAUACUGUACAUAUGUGGUGUUGUAUGUUUCUAAAUGUUUGUGCUUGUUUUUUCUUUCAGCCUAUGAUUGUGAAUACUACAACCAAGGUAUGUUUGAACGCUAACCAAAAAUUACUCACAAAGGAACACCUUUCAAUCACACAAAAAUACAAAUACACAUAUACAAACUGAGCAUCCUAAUAUAUUCACUCAACAUAGAGAAUAUCCUCCACCCCUCUCUCUGUCUCUCUCUGUAGAGUUAGGUGAAGGGCCGUUCUCAGUGGUCAGUGCUAUACAUAACGCGACAGUCUUCGGUGUGAACAGAACCAGUGGGUCAGUGUUUCCUCUAGUUAGGGAGUUCGUAGGCGGGCUGCCUCCCCCCGGACUACUCUUCAACUUCAUGAUCACAGCAGGACUACAGAAGGACCGCACAUCACGUGAGUCUCACACACACAUACACAUAUUUACACUCACUCACAUGCACGCACACACACACACACACACAAACACACAAACUCAUCUCACAUGAGCUUUUACAGGUCUCCCGGUGGUCUCUCUGGAGUCAGCAGAGCGUCCUAACUACUUCCUGGUUGUGUCUGGGCGUACUGGGCUGCGGUUGGAGCAGUGGACCCGAGGGGAGGAGUUUGGCCGCAGAGCUUCCUUCCUGCAGCACCAGGGACUGUUCCUGCCUGGCCACACCUCCUUCGAGCUGAUUGGCCAGCCAGGAGUGUUCCUGACUCUGACACGCACGUCUGCACAAGCUCAGAAAUAUGACAACUCUGACAACUUCAAGACCAGCAGCUCCUUUACCCUGGAGGGUUAGACAUAAACAUAAACGUCAUAAUACACAGCACACACACACAGUUUCUUUUUCUCUAGUUCUUAUGUGUUUGUUGACAAUGUGUAUGUUUGUAUUACAGAGAGCAGUUUUGUAAUCCCAUACCGUAUGAUGUGUGAGUGGCGCUACCAUGCAUGCGCCAGUCCGUGUGUCCGUACAUGCAGCGACCCCGCUGCCACACGCUGCCACUUCCUGCCCCCGUAAGAACACGUCUAACACGCACUUAGAAACGCACAUUUAGAAACACACGCUUACAACAUGGUUAUACACUGUAAGGGCACGCUUAAUACGCGCUUUGAACGUUUGUCCGUGUCUGUGUGUGUCUGGCAGGGUAGAGGGCUGUUUCCCUCGUUGCCCCAAAAACAUGGUUCUUGAUGAGGUCACCAGGAGAUGUGUCUACACAGAGGACUGUGAGUAGAGUGUGCAUCACACCAGGAUCUGUAAAGUUAAAUAGUUUUUUAAGUAAUGUAUGUCUGUGUGUCUGUCCUCAGGUGUGUCCCUCCCUCCCACUCCUACACCUUACGCCUUCGUAAACCGAACGACCACCACCCCAACUACUACUACUGUUAGGCCUACUAGUAGCACUACUACAUCUAGGACCACUACUAGGACCACUACUAUUAGUACCAGAACUACAACCAGUGCUGCCUCUACAACUGUUACUGCCACCAGAGCCCCCACUACUUCCAGUACAGCCCAACUGACGGAGAGUUUCACUCCCACCCUCACCCCUCCUCGCUCCCCCUCUCCUCCUCCCCCUUCUUCGCCCGCACCCUCCACCCCCACUGUGACCGAGCACACCCCUUCACCUGCAGUCUCUCCCUCCAUCUCCCCCUCUCCCUCCACCACCAUUACUAGCAGCACCACUGGGGCCACGACCCCGACCUUGACCCCUGCAGCGGUCACUACAGUAACUAUGGAAACAUCAUCCUCUACUCCCCCCAGCCUGGUAGUGACCGAAUCCACCACUCCUCCUCUUCUCUCUCCUGCUUCUCACUCUCCCCCUCCUGCUACCCCUCCCCAGCCUUCCACCCAGCCUUCCAGCUCCCCCUCAGCUCCCCCUAUCUCCUCCCCUACCUCCUUUUCCCCUCCUCCCCCUCUCUUCUCCUCCACCCCCACCCCCACCCUGACCACCACACAAACACACCUUCCUGUUACUACACCCACGGAGACUACCUCUGUAUUCCAAGUAGUUUAUGACACCUCCGUUACCAUGUCGACAUCACCCCCCGAGACGAUGGAGUCCAUAACAACGGAAACAGCCACCAGCCCAGACUCCUCUUAUACGCCUGAGGCAGUCAGCAUACCAACAGUGCUGUCCCCCUUCCUCCUACCCACCGCCCCCUGCACAGUAAGAGCCAAUCAGUGAGAGACAGUGUGUUUGGACAAGUUAGAGGGCCGAGCAUGCAGCCCUGGGGAACUCCCUUUGUCAGUAGCUGAGUUUUGGAUCCCUCUGAUCUCUCUCUCUCUCUCUCUCUCAUCUCUCUCUGCUCUCUCCAGCCCCCGUAUUCCUACCGUGUUGAUGAGUGUGCAGAACUGAUCUGUUUUAACGGGGAGUUUCUCCUCCAUAACUCCUCCCUCCACUGUCGGUACAACACCACUCUUCCUCGCUGCUCUCUGCUGGGCAUGGCUGUCCUCACCAACACCGACCCCUGCUGCCCGCUCUGGCAGUGCCCCUGUAAGAACACACACUACUGUACAUACACACACACACUAUACACACACUUUACAUACAUACCAGCACACACACAUUAUACAAACAUACUGUGCUUGUGUGUGUUUGCCUAUCCGUGCAUGUGUGUGUAUGUGUUAGGUCGCUGCUCAGUGAUGUCAGACCUGCGUGUGAUAACGUUUGACGGUAACAACGUAGCGCUGUAUGAUAACGGCUCCUACAUCCUGGUCUACCUACCCACAGAGAACAUCAUAGGAACAGUGAACAAAUGCCCUACCAGCCAGGUACACACACACACAAACUCUCUCUGUUUUAAAUACACACGCUAUUAUAAACUGUUAUAGGAUGCUAUAAGCACCUGAUUCUGAUUUGUUGACUUUUUCUUGUUUCUUAUUUAGAGCGUCAACUCCAUCAGACGACCUGUGAGUUUCCCUUUAACAUCUAAUCAUGAUCAUUAUCAUAGUAAUUAUAUGGUCAUUAUUACACUGUUUUACUUGGACAUCUUUCUCUCAGAGCCCUAGUGGUGGAACGUCAGGUCUGUGUUUUAAGAACUUGAACAUCACUACUCCCUCCUACAGGAUCAUCAUCAACCGUCUUGACCGCAAGGUGACCAUCACUGACCGCAACCGACUGACCACUGAACCAUUACUGAUAGCAUAUACUGUAGAACACAGCUCAUGCUAUAUCUGUGUGUGUGUGUGUGUGUGUGUGUGUGUGUGUGUGUGUGUGUGUGUGUGUGUGUGUGUGUGUGUGUGUGUGUGUGUGUGUGUGUGCGUCUGUAUGGUGUUCGUGUGGGGAUACAGGUGUCAGUGAACCACAUAAAGGCACGGCUGCCUUUCUCCCGUCAGGCCCUGUCAGUAGAGGACACAGGCAGUAUGUACCUGAUCACCACUCCUGGAGGAGUCAACAUACAAUGGUACCACAGCACUGGCAUCAUGGUGCUGCAAUACACCGCCACCUCCAAUACAUCUGCUCCUACUAGAGGCCUCUGUGGUAAGACAUCCAUAAAAUGAGCUAGAUUUGUCAUUUACUCUAACACUUUCAUCCUUUAUUGUCAGAUCAGGUAUGUGGCUUUGUUUUGAAGUCGUCCACUAGCAUGAUUUAAUGAACCUGGAGAAGAGAGAACGUUUCUCUCAUACCUGACCUUGCCCUAUUUCUGGCGUGCAUUUGUUCAUCCGUGCAUGUGAUGAACAUAAGUGCAUCCGUAAUAGUUUUGUAAAUAAAGUAUCAAGUUGUUUUAAAUUGUGAUCAAGAGUUGGACCUAUUCCUUUUCAAUGCUCAUGCUAUUAUUUGGUUGCACCUUGUCUCACGUUGGUUGAUCACCUUUUACUGGUGUGUCUCCCAGGGUGUUGUGACGGGAACCCGGCUGAUGACCUGAAGCUGCCUAACGGUACGGUGGUGAGGGAGGUGGCAGACCUGGGUCUGUUCCUGCAGGCCUGGAGGGUCCACACCUCAGAAGACACGGAACACACACGACGCAUCGGGGACAACUGUACCACUGGAGACUGCUCCACCUGUCUCUCCAUGCUCAGACAGAGACCUUUCACUCCCUGCCACAGCAAGGUGUCUCCAGAGCAGUUCUGUGAUGUGAUGUGGGCAGGCGAUCCUCCACUAUAAGGCCCACCAGUGUGACUUCCUGGCAGCCUACGUAGCUGUCUGCUACACUUACCAAGUCUGCAUCAACUGGAGACGACACAACUUCUGCCGUAAGGACCCGGUACACACACCAAUACACACUAAUACACACACACAUCAGGUCUGCAUUAGCUGGUGACAUCACAAAUGUAUGUUCUUGCGGUGUGUGUGUGUGUGUGUUUGCGUGUCUGUGCGUGCUUGUGCGUGCGUGUGUGUGUAUGUUUGUGUGUAGCGUUGAGGUGUCCCCCAGGUAGGGAGUACCAGGCGUGUGUGUCGACCUGUACCACCCGGACCUGUCAGAACAGAGAGUUCUAUGAGGAGACCACCUGCUCCCACAUCAGAGAGGAGUGUGUGUGUCGCUCUGGAACCAUCCUGCACCGAGCAGACUCCACUUACUGCGUCACAGAGGAGCAGUGUGGUGAGUAUGUCAGCUGUAUGAGCUUGUGCUCUGUAUGACUCUGUUGUUUAGUGUGUACUGAUAACGUGUGUCUGUGUGUGUGUUUGUAGUGUGUACGGAUAACGAGGGGUCUCCGCGGGCCCCUGGGGAGGUGUGGAACGGGUCAUUGCGUGGCUGCUGUCUGUUCCGCUGCCUGGAGAACGGUUCUGUGGUGGCAGUAGAACCUGACUGCAGCUUUAGUCCAGCUCCGCUGUGUGAGAGGGAGGGAGAGUACGUACUGGAUGUCCUGGAAGAGGGGGCCUGCUGUCCCAAGAAGAUCUGUGGUGAGGACACACACACACACAUGCAUGCUUAGACACAUACAUACAGUUGAAGUCGGAAGUUUACAUACACUUAGGUUGAAGUCAUUAAAACUUGUUUUUCAACCACUCCACAGAUUUCUUGUUAACAAACAAUAGUUUUGGCGAGUCGGUUAGGACAUCUACUUUGUGCAUGACACAAGUAAUCUUUCCAACAAUUGUUUACAGACAGAUUAUUUCACUUAUAAUUAACUGUAUCACAAUUCCAGUGGGUCAGAAGUUUACAUACACUAAGUUGACUGUGCCUUUAAACAGCUUGGAAAAUUCCAGAAAAUGAUGUCAUGGCUUUAGAAGCUUCUGAGAGGCUAAUUGACAUCAUUUGUCAUGACUUCCGCCGAGGCUGCCUCCCCUCCUUGUUCGGGCAGGCUUCGGCGUUCGUCGUCACCGGCUUACUAGCCACUGCCGCUCCAUAUAUCAUCAUUACAUUUGUCUUGUCUUGUCAAUUACACACACCUGGUUCAUAUCCCCUCAUUAGUCUGUGUAUAAGUGUUCCCUCUGCCCCCUUGUCCUUGUGGGUGAUUGUUUUAUGUGAGUUGAGUGUAGCUCGGUGGAGCUACUCAUACUUUGUAUUGCCGGGGUAGAUUAUUCCCCUGUGCCUGUAUUUUGUUGGAGCUACCCGGACAUGGUAUUGCCGGGGUAGAUUAUUCCCCUGUGCCUGUAUUUUGUUGGACCUACUCGUACCUUGUAUUGCCGGGGUAGAUUGUUCCCCUGUGCCUGUAUUUUGUUGGAGCUACUCGUACCUUGUAUUGCCGGGGUAGAUUGUUCCCCUGUGCCUGUAUUUUGUUGGAGCUACUCGUACCUUGUAUUGUCGGGGUAGAUUGUUCCCCUGUGCCUGUGUUUUGUUGGAGCUACUCGUACCUUGUAUUGCCGGGGUAGAUUGUUCCCCUGUGCCUGUAUUUUGUUGGAGCUACUCGUACCUUGUAUUGCCGGGGUAGAUUGUUCCCCUGUGCCUGUAUUUUGUUGGAGCUACUCGUACCUUGUAUUGCAGAGGUAGAUUGUUCCCCUGUGCCUGUAUUUUGUUGGAGCUACCCGUACCUUGUAUUGCCGGGGUAGAUUGUUCCCCUGUGCCUGUAUUUUGUUGGAGCUACCCGUACCUUGUAUUGCCGGGGUAGAUUGUUCCCCUGUGCCUGUAUUUUGUUGUCGCUAUCCAGCCCAACUGUGUACGACAGAGUAAACUCUGUAUUCUGUGAUUUACCCUCCUGCGCCUGACUCCUUCUAAUCACACUCAUCACAUCAUUUGAGUCAAUUGGAGGUAUACCUGUGGAUGUAUUUCAAGGCCUACCUUCAAACUCAGUGCCUCUUUGCUUCACAUCAUGGGAAAAUCUAAAGAAAUCAGCAAAGACCUCAGAAAAAAAAUUGUAGACCUCCACAACUCUGGUUCAUCCUUGGGAGCAAUUUCCAAACGCCUGAAGGUACCACGUUCAUCUGUACAAACAAUAGUACACAAGCAUAAACACCAUGGGACCAUGCAGCCGUCAUACCGCUCAGGAAGGAGACGCAUUCUGUCUCCUAGAGAUGAACGUACUUUGGUGCGAAAAGUGCAACUCAAUCCCAGAACAACAGCAAAGGACCUUGUGAAGAUGCUGGAGGAAACAGGUACAAAAGUAUCUAUAUCCACAGUAAAACAAGUCCUAUAUCGACAUAACCUGAAAAGCCGCUCAGCAAGGAAGAAGCCACUGCUCCAAAACCGCCAUAAAAAAGCCAGACUACGCUUUGCAACUGCACAUGGGGACAAAGAUCGUACUUUUUGGAGAAAUGUCCUCUGGUCUGAUGAAACAAAAAUAGAACUGUUUGGCCAUAAUGACCAAAAGGGGGGGGGGGGCUUGCAAGCCGUAGAACACCAUCCCAACCAUGAAGCAAGUUUGGCUAGCGCAGUUUCGGCAGCCAUUGAUUGUGAUACAAAUGAUUCAGUUCUGCAGACAGGAAUGCGAGCCAAUGUGAUUUGUAGGAUAUUAUUUUAUCAGGAUUUCCUACACAUCUGCAAGUUUGUUGUGUUGGCUUUGUGUGGCUAUUCUACAUAGUGACAAUGGCCAAGUUACUUUUCAAUUGUAUAAUUUCAUUAGGAUUACAAUUAGUAUUGGAGUACCACAAACAUGACUUGAAUACAAAGACUAUUAAAAUUAGAUGAAACUGAAACACGAAAUGUGAUAGCAAAAUCAUAACGCAUGCAAUUGUAGGAAAUGGUAAGGGAAAAUUCACUCCAAUUAAAAGGUGGCUGACGCUUGGGAAGCCUAUACCGGCAACUUCAGAAGCUUAAACUGAAUCUUGAAGGCCAGCACAAGGAGAAGGUCGGAGGUUUUUUUUUUCUGAUUAAGCUAUCUUGACCUCUGGCUCCCUCUUAAGUCAUUUGUGUGUCUUAAUUAUUUAAUCAAACAGCGUGCUAAAAACAUCAGACAAGUUCAGUACAUAUAGCCUAGUUGAUUUGAAUAAAACACAUAGUGUGUGUCUAUAUAUGAAAAAAUACACUUGAAAAAUACUAUUCUUGGUCGAACAAGAUUAUUUUUUAGUCAGGGACAGCCCUAGUAGGAAUGCAGGAAAUGAGCUUUAGAUGCCCCCCAAAAUUGAGGGAGGACCCCCAGGGUAUGUCCCCCCCCCCCCAGGUUAUGUCCCCUGUUGAUUUUGUACGUUUGCCCAAUGACAAAGAAAUGAUCAGUCUAUAAUUUUAAUGGUAGGUUUAUUUUAACAGUGAGAGGUAGAAUAACAACAACAAAAUCCAGAAAAACGCAUGUCAAAAAUGUUAUAAAUUGAUUUGCAUUUUAAUGAGGGAAAUAAGUAUUUGACCCCUCUGCAAAACAUGACUUAGGACUUGGUGGCAAAACCCUUGUUGGCAAUCAAAGAGGUCAGACGUUUCUUGUAGUUGGCCACCAGGUUUGCACACAUCUCAGGAGGGAUUUUGUCCCACUCCUCUUUGCAGAUCUUCUCCAAGUCAUUAAGGUUUUGAGGCUGACGUUUGGCAACUCAAACCUUCAGCUUCCUCCACAGAUUGUCUAUGGAAUUAAGGUCUGGAGACUGGCUAGGCCACUCCAGGACCUUAAUGUGCUUCUUCUUGAGCCACUCCUUUGUUGCCUUGGCAAUGUGUUUUGGGUCAUUGUCAUGCUGGAAUACCCAUCCACGACCCAUUUUCAAUGUCCUGGCUGAGGGAAGGAGGUUCUCACCCAAGAUUUUACGGUACAUGCAUGGCCCCGUCCAUCGUCCCUUUGAUGCGGUGAAGUUGUCCUUUCCCCUUAGCAGAAAAACACCCCCAAAGCAUAAUGUUUCCACCUCCAUGUUUGAUGGUGGGGAUGGUGUUCUUGGGGUCAUAGGCAGCAUUCCUCCUCCUCCAAACACGGCGAGUUGAGUUGAUGCCAAAGAGCUCCAUUUUGGUCUCAUCUGACCACAACACUUUCACCCAGUUCUCCUCUGAAUCAUUCAGAUGUUCAUUGGCAAACUUCAGACAGGCAUGUAUAUGUGCUUUCUUGAGCAGGGGGACCUUGCGGGUGCUGCAGGAUUUCAGUCCUUCACGGCAUAGUGUGUUACCAAUUGUUUUCUUGGUGACUAUGGUCCCAGCUGCCAUGAGAUCAUUGACAAGAUCCUCCGUGUAGUUCUGGGCUGAUUCCUCACCGUUCUCAUGAUCAUUGCAACUCCACGAGGUGAGAUCUUGCAUGGAGCCCCAGGCCGAGGGAGAUUGACAGUCUUUUGGGUUUCUUCCAUUUGCGAAUAAUCGCACCAACUGUUGUCACCUUCUCACCAAGCUGCUUGGCGAUGGUCUUGUAGCCCAUUCCAGCCUUGUGUAGGUCUACAAUCUUGUCCCUGACAUCCUUGGAGAGCUCUUUGGUCUUGGCCAUGGUGGAGAGUUUGGAAUCUGAUUGAUUGAUUGCUUCUGUGGACAAGUGUCUUUUAUACAGGUAACAAGCUGAGAUUAGGAGCACUCCCUUUAAGAGUGUGCUCCUAAUCUCAGCUCGUUACCUGUAUAAAAGACACCUGGGAGCCAGAAAUCUUUCUGAUUGAGAGGGGUUCAAAUACUUAUUUCCCUCAUUAAAAUGCAAAUAAAUUUAUAAAAUUUUUGACAUGCAUUUUUCUGGAUUUUUUUGUUGUUAUUCUGUCUCUCACUGUUCAAAUACACCUACCAUUAAAAUUAUAGACUGAUCAUUUCUUUGUCAGUGGGCAAACAUACAAAAUCAGCAGGGGAUCAAAUACUUUUUUCCCUCACUGUACACCAACUCUCUCUAAUUAUCUCUCUCUCUCUCUCUCUCUCUCUCUCUCUCUCUCUCUCUCUCUCUCUCUCUCUCUCUCUCUCUCUCUCUCUCUCUCUCUCUCUCUCUCAGAGUGUAAUCUGACCAUCUGUGAGAGUGAGGCUCCGCCCUGUGAAAAUGGGAACCGGCUGGUGAUUGGUUACAGUGCCCUGUCCUGCUGCCCAGAGUACCAUUGUGGUAGGUACUGAACCAAAAUAUAAUAGCUUUAAUCAUUUGAUGGUAUUGUUAGGUGUGGUUUAAUAACUGAGUCCUGUGAUUGGUCUGUCUCAGAGUGCGACCCCCAUGCCUGUCCCCCCGUCACCGCUCCUGACUGCAGAGAAGAUCAGUUCCUAGUGGAGGUCCGUGAGGACAACUCCUGCUGUUACUCCUUCCUGUGUGGUAAGGUCAAACCUUCUACUGCUUCCUGGGUUGACCGUCUCCAUCCAACAUUACUGUAGCUGGACUUGGGGUAGAAGUUGCCCUUAAGUAGAGGACCGACGAUCGGCCAAAAACAGUCAGUGGCCAACGGUGUAUAUGUGUGUGUGUCUUCUCUCUGCAGUGUGUGAGUCAUGUAUCGAGCCCGUCCCGUCCUGUUCCGAUGGCGAGAUUCUAGCUGUGAAUCUGAACACCACCAACAGCUGCUGCCCUCAAUACCACUGUGGUAACACACAUGCUGUACAGACACACACAUACACACACACAAACACACAGUGUUGAUGUUUACAGCAGUGUUCUCCUGUGUGCAGUGUGUGAUGUGAACCUGUGUCCUGAGUCGUCUCUGACCUGCUCUCCUGGCCUGUCUCUGGUCCAAACCACCCUACCUGGACACUGCUGCCCUGACCGCCGCUGUGGUACAAACACACACAAACACACACUUUUGCACGCGCAAUAGUUGCACACACACAUCUAAAUGCACACACAUACCAUCAUGCCCAGAACUGUCCCUUUGAAAAUUCUUGUAGUCCAAACAGAGCAUGGUUCUAGGCCUCCAGUUCUGUACUAAACAAAGUCUCUCUUCUUCUCUCAGAAUGCCAGUGUGAGGACAGCUCUCUCCCAGUCUGUCAGGUGGUGAGUCAGUCAGCUUCAGGAAUGUUCCCGUUUGUGUGUGCAAUGUGCAUGAGUGCAUGUGUGUGUUUGUGCGUGUACGUAUGUGUAUGUGGUCAUAGUAACGUCUCUGGUCUCUAAGGGGGAGGAACAGGUGGAGGUACCAGACAGCAGAAGCACCUGUGGCUGCCCCCGCUACACCUGCAGUAAGUACACACACACACACAAUAUACACACACACUAUGCACAGACACACCCCUAGGCUACUAACACCUAACCCCUGACCCCUGACCUGUGUGUGUAGAGAAGGCAGAGGUGUGUGUGUUCCAGGGAGUCACUUUGCUGGGGCCAGGACAGAGCCUGAUUCAGUUCUAUGAAGGAGAGCUGUGUUACACCGUCCACUGUCUGACACACCGUGACACACACACCGGAUACUACGCCAUGGACGUUUCCGCUGUCAACUGCUCUCAGAAGUGUGGCCCGGUAUGUGUCUCUCUCUCUCUCACACACCGCAAACUUCCAUCCUGAUCAGAGCUACGUAAACUCUUCUGACUCCCCCCCCCCCCCCCCCCACACCCCCCGCCUCUCAGCACCAGCUUUACGUAGCAUCGUCAGAUCCUCAGGUGUGCUGUGGCUCCUGUAAGAACGUCUCCUGUUCCUUCAACAUCGAAAACAGAACCACUGAGGUCUUCACUGUGAGAACACAUAUGCAAACACAGCCUAAUACUGCCAAACAGACACAAAUACUCUACCUAACACACAAGCAUUUUGUAUGUUGGCGGGAAAAUCCUGGACGGAUAACUUUGACGGUGUGUGUGUGUACAGGCGGGGAGCUCCUGGGUGGAUAACUGUACACGGUAUGACUGUGUGGAGACGGCAGUGGGAACUGUGGUGCUGGCCUCAGGGGUGGUCUGCCCCCCCUUCAACGACACAGAGUGCACUCAGGUACACACACACACACCCUGGCAUUCACACACAAUGAGGUCUAUCUGUAACCUCUCUUCAAUCAUUGCAGAAUGGGGGCAUGGUCCAGAGCUAUGUGGACGGUUGCUGCAGGACAUGUAAGUGACCGAUCACAUUUGCUUCUCAUAUGCUUUCAGCUGUCAAUCACAGGGGUGGGCAGGGUGUUGCCUGGCAGCGGUUGGGCUUAUUGGCUGACUGGUUGGGGGGUGUGGCCUGUAGCAGCCUAAGGCAGAGUAAAAGCUUGUAGUUGGCUGGCCACAACCAGCAUGAGUCACUACACUAACCAGCAGCCUCUGCUCUAGGGGUGGUCCUAGAUCUGCCUGAUGGUCCUGAUACACUGUCAUGAUAAUAUUGAAGAAGGAUGUUACUGUUGAUUGGAAAAUACUUUAUUUAGUGGAUAAAUUAACAUAACUCAUCUGGAGAAUAACAGCAUGCAAACAAUGGUCCAUCCUACCACUCCAAUGUUCUUUUACACUCAAUGAUGCUAAUCAUAAACUGUAGCUAAACUGACUCUCUGAAUCCAUAAAGUACUUUCUAGUUCUAGUUUGAACUGUCCCAUUAAACACACAUUUUGCAUGUAAAGGUGAAGAAUACAGACCCAGUCUGCUCUCCCAGUAAUACAGCAGCUCUGCGUCUUUGUCCGCUUGCCUGCUUUACCAGUUUGGCCAAUGGGAAUGCUCCAUUUGUUACAGUUUGGCCAAUGGUGAUGCUUGGUGUUUAGAGUUUGGUCAAUGAGAAUUAGCCUUGGUGCAUCAGCGUGUAGUGAUUCUGAGUGUUUGGCCAUCUGGCUGUCUCCCCCAGUCUCAAAGAACAAUGUCUGGCUCCCAUGGCUGUGCAUGCCAACUGUGCUGAUUCCUCUGUGUGUAUUCAAUGUGUUCUAAACCCAAGUUAACCUGUGUGUUCCCCUAACGUUCUCCUGACGUUGCUGUUCCUGCCGCUGCUCCCAGGUUUUGGAGUCGGUGUUAUACCGUUUACCGUUAACCCCGUAACUCCCACUGGUAGUACUAACUGUGACAAAGGUACCACGACCUCUCACCUUUCAUCUUUAACCUCUCACCCCAUAACCCCCACUGGUAGUACUAACUGUGACACAGGUACCACGACCUCUCACCUUUCACCUAUCACAGUGUGUGUUUGUCUAGUCCUAACCCUAACCCUACCACACCAUACAUAUAAACUACAGGUCAAGGUUCACCUAACAUUCCUCAGGGCAAAACCCCAUGCCAAUGUGUCAACAUGUUAUUGCUGUGCUGAAUCCUCAAUGUGAGUAAGAAUCAUCCCCAUUCCUUCACAUAUACAGAGAGUUUGGCCUAGUGCAGAGCUGGACGCCAUGUUGCUACCUCUCAACCACUGAGUGAGGUUAAGUUCAGGCCAGUGGGAGCUGGUUCUCUGGCGCGAGAACUGCCCCCCGGUCAGCUGGCUGUCAAUCAAACUGAGCCCCCGCUGCUAGGCAACAAAGAGUCCAGCUCAAUAGGCCUUUGACUGUGUGAAUGACAGGACUCUGGGGCUGAAAGCUGUGUGUGUGUAUGUGGGGGGGGGGGGGGUGAAAGCUGUGUGUGUGUAUGUGUGUGGGUGUGUGCGUGUGUGAGUGUGUGUGUGUGCGCGCGUGCGUACAUCUCAGCGUUUCCUCUGUGUGCGUGUGUGUUUAGGUAAGGAGGACAGUAAGAUGUGUAAG